UAAAAAGAUUCUGAUGCCCCGUUCUCGGUCAGUCUUUCCAAACAGUCAUCUCAUCCAUCAGCUUCAGACAAGAUCACGACAUCGCUUCUAGAACUCAUCUACACUGACGCAAGGAUCACCACCAAGAGCCAGACGCCCCUACCCCACAACGCCCAGCUUCUUUCACCACCACGAGAACCCGGCUAGCAUCACCCAAUCCCACAAGUCACUGUCACCACCGCGACCCCUGCCACUAAUCAGGCUUGCCGUAAUCGGGAUUGUUGCCUUGACUCACAUCAUCUACCACGAAACAUCAUAAAGGCAGCACACCUCCACUCUUGGAGAGCCUCUUUUCACCAUGUCGACAUCAACAAUCAACAAUAUCUACAAGGCCACCGCCUCCCACUCUUCGCAAUCUCUCCGCCAGACUGCCAUCAAGAAGAACAUGUCCAUCACUCAGACCUACUACCUCGCCCACAAGGCGCGGGCCAAGCUCUCUCGCGAGGCUGCCCAACCCGAUCACGACCUCCGCCUCCUGGUUGGACACGCUAACCUCCUCGAUUCUCUGAUGCUUGAGCUUGCCGAUGCCGAGCGGGAACAAGAGCGAUGGUUCAACCAGUCCGUCCGCGGUGCCAGCAACACCAAGGACCGACAUGUUCAGUGGGCCGACAACGCCAUCAACGAGGAGGACGAGCAGGAGUACGACUCCGACUCGUCUGAUUCGGACGACUACGACUCCGAGGACGAGGAUAUUGAGAUGACCAACACCGUCUCCGCUCGAUCUCCCGCUAAGGCUGUCAUUCCCCAGAUCAGCCACAUCGACGAUAUGGAGGAGGACGAUCUCGAGGAGGACUACGCACAGCUUGAGCUUGUCCGAACACACUCCCACUCCACAUCCCCACCUGAGCUUGUCGCGGAAGACUUCUCAGAUUCAUCCGACGACGACUCCAUGCCCCCAUCGCCCCCGCAACCCAUCAUUGCCGACUUCGACCAGAAGGACGCCAAGAAGCAAUCGCAACAAGACGGAACAAUCUACCAAGAUGACUACUACCUGCCAGCUCGAAACCCCGCGAGACUGGUAUCGGCCAUCACGGUCUACUAAGAGACUUCUUACGACCUAAGAACUGUACCAUCUUGACGACUUGUUUCAACUACCAAAAAGCGAUAAAGGGCAUGGCGCGGCGUUUUCAUUUACUAUACAUCGGAUACCACAGGGAGAUUUUGGAAAAAAGCAAUACAGCAUACAGCAUUUGCAGCCACACGGAUACACAUUGUUUCAUUAUGUCUUGGUAUACAAUACAGGAGGAUCACCACUCAGCAGAGAAAGGGGUCAAUCGACCAGGGAAAUGGGGAUUACGAUUGAACGAGUUGCCGCUCCCGGAGCACCACUGGAUGGGAUCAUGGGUUGAGUGGCAGCGCCUUUCAUACAGGCCCCACGGAAGGGUAGAUAGCUCACCAAAAACAGAACAGCGGGGCAACCCCAAGGAUAAGGUGCACGACACCGAGAAACCAAUUGAAUAAACAUUCAAAAACACUA